ACACACAGUCUACACACGCGCACGCGCCGUAGAAUUUUCCGUGGCGCGAGGCGGCGGCCAUGGACGCGGAGCCGGCGGCUCUGCCCAGCAGGGAGGCGGCGAUCUUCGGCCAAAUCCUCAAAUGCUACGAGAAGACCCAGUACAGGCUUGGUCUUAAGUUCUGCAACCAGAUCCUGGCGAAGCCACAGCUCGCUGAGCACGGAGAGACGCUGGCUCUCAAAGCGCUGGCGCUCAGCAAGCUGGGCCGGCGUGACGAGGCUCGCGAGUGCGUCCGCCGGGGCCUCCGCAACAACCUGGAGAGUCAUGUGUGCUGGCGCGUAUAUGGCUCACUGCAGCGUGCCGACGGGCACUACGUGGAGGCGGCUGCCUGCGUACGAAGGGCGCUGGGCGGGUGUGGCCAGGAGGGCGAAACGCGGCUCCUCGAGGAGCUCGCCACCCUGCAGCUGCUCGCCUCCGACCUGGCCGGGUUCAGGGAGUCUCAGGCGCGGCUCCUGCACUCGCUGCCCUCGGUGCCCGCGUCAUGGCUGGGCUACGCUGUUGCAUGCCACCUGUUGGGGGAGCCGGCGGCGGCUCUGCAGGCGCUGCAGGAUCUGCUCACGAGACACCCGGUGAUGGGUGACGCACGAGGCAAUCAGCACAGCGAGCUCAUGCUGUACCAGGCGGAGCUGAUGGCUGAGGCCGGCAUGCGGAGGGAAGCUCUCACGCACCUCGCCCAGUACAGCGAGCGAAUCUGCGACAAGCAGGCGCUGGACGAGCACAGAGGAGAGCUUUUGCUGGCUCUGGGAUGUUUGGAAGAGGCGGCCGAGCUGUUCCACGGCCUCGUGAUGAGGAAUCCCGAGAACUGGACCUACUACCAGAGGUUGGAGCAGGCCACGCACGCGGAGUCGGAGGAAGAUCGGUGGAAGAUCUAUCAACAUGUCAUGAAGAUACACCCGAGUGCCAGUGCUCCUCAAAGGCUUCCCCUUAAUUUCCUCACCGGAACGCGCUUUCGAGACUCGAUGGACCGAUUCCUGCGCCAGCAUCUGAGCGUCUGCUGCCCGCCGCUCUUCACCACCAUCAAGGGGCUUUACAGGGACCCCGACAAGGUGCUUGCCAUCGAGGAGCUUGCGGUGGCGUAUGAGACAUCGCUGGAAAACUACGGCCUCUUUCACCGUGACGAUGAUGGCGAGCCGCAGCACGAGCCCACCCUGUUGUGGGUGCGCUUCCUGCUGGCUCAGCACUACGACUUGGUGGGUCAGUCGAGCCUGGCGUUCGACUACAUCAACGGCUGCCUCGCAGCCUUCCCCUGCUCCCCGGAGUUGCUCGUUGCCAAGGCCAGCAUCUACAAGCACGCCGGAGACGCUGUGGCCGCGGCCGAAUGCCUAAGGCAGGCCCUGGGCCUGGAGCCAGGUGACCGCUUCCUGCAGGUGAAGCGCAUCAAGUACCUACUGCGCGCGGGGCUCGUCACGCAAGCACUGCUGGAGAGCGGCUUCGUGCAGGAGGGCCCCGGGGAGCCGCAGCCCCUGUGGUUCCUACUGGCGUUGGCGGAGGCAUACUGGCGGCAGGGCCGCCACCGCGACGCGCUCCGCGUGUGCCGCCAGGUGGAGAAGCACUUCAACGACGUGGCCGCGUCCCAGCUGGACUUCCACACCUACUGCCUGCGCCGGGCCACGCUGCGCGCAUACGCGGGGAUGCUGCGCACGUCCACCGCGCUGCGCGGCCAUCCCGCGUCAGUGCGUGCGGCCCGCACGGCCGUGCGCUGCUGCCUUGGCCUUCAUGACCGGCCCUCCGCACCCAUCCGGCACGCAGAGGACGGGGGCCGCCAAGCGCGCGAUGUCGGCGGCUCGGCACCGGCUGCCGAGCAGCGCAAGCAGCAGAGCAAGCGGCGCAAGGCGGUAGCACGCAUCCUGCGUGGUGACGGAGGAGGUGGAGGCAGAGCGGGAAGCGGGCCGGACCCUGACGUGCGCGACGGCAAGGAGCUACACGACUUCAUGGAGGAACUCGGCGUGCAGGAUGCCGACGACCCACUCUCUGAAGCCGUGAGCUUCUUGGCUCCUCUUGAAAACUUUGCAGCGAACGACAUCGCGACGCACCUGCUCGCCUUCGAAAUACAUCUGCGAAGAGGUAAACCUCUCCUGAUGCUAUGCUCUGUGAGGCGCGCCGCCACGAUUGACCCCCACGACCCCUGGCUGCACACCUGCCUGGUGCGGCUCUGCACAGCCGCAGAGGGCGUGCUGAGCACGACGGCACCCGUGGCCGAGGUUCUGCGUCAGGAACUGCCCCCCUUGCUCGGCGCCGGCAGCCUGGAGCAGAUGAAUGGGGACUUCCUGCAGCGCAAUGCCACCUCGCUCCGGCACUCCCUCGCCGGGGCACGGAUGCUGUUUUUCCUAGAUAAGGCUCACCAGGAUAAGGCCCUCGCCAUCGCCACCAACCUUGACGAAGCGUUGACAGACAGGAAUGUCGCGACUUGUACAUCUGUACUGGAGGCCCUGAGAGAUGGCAGCCUGGGCUGCGCGGAGGCUCAAGCAGAGACGUACAGAGCAACGUGCCACAAGCUCUUUCCAUUCGCCAGUGCCUUCCGGCCUUAGUGCGCACCUGGAUUUAAACACCCGAGUACCUUUUAUUCAGGUUUUAUUUACGCUUGUUUACCCAGGAUAGCCUCACUGAGUCUCAAGACUCUUUUGCAGGACGGUCCUGCCAAGUUUUUUGCAGUAAGGGGCCGAUGUUGAUGUGUAAAAUCCCAAUUAUGUAAUUUGCAGGUCAUUUUUCAGCAUUGGCAUGUUUUGUCCACUUCCAGUUACAUUGUGUUUGGGUAUUUUAAGCUAUGGGAGGAAUCUGGAGAACUCGGAGAAACCCCAAACAGAACAGGCGGAGAGAACAUACAAACUCCACUCACUCUGCAGAUCUCGGAGAACAUCCAAACUCCACUCACACAAAAACAAAGUAUAGCCUCAAAAGACUUUUGGGACCACCUAUGAAAGCCGACACGACACACGAGAGAAUGGCUAGCAUCAUGCCCAGCCACCUGGUACUCAUUUGAGGCUGAGUCGACCUAGAGGAAGCCCAAGAUUGUUUAAGGUAAUCAUCGCUAGUGUUGGCCGUGAGAGGGAAUCAAACACGGGUCGUUGGGUUUGUAGCGCAGCACAAAGAUCAAAGAUAAAGAUCCCCCGUGUAGCCUUAACAGACUGUAGGGGCAAGUGCUGUUAGCGAGC